AUGGAAGCUACAUCUUCCAAAAGACCAAGACAAACCAAAUCAUCCGCCCGCCGUCGGAAGCCUAGAUCUCCAUCACCUCCAUCUAGAUCUCCCUCACCUCCAUCUAGGUCCCCAACACCCCCAGCCGACCCGUCUCAUUUUGGUGUCGUAUGUCUUGGCCCAGUUCAACAGGGCAAACUUGAGUCAUUCCUUAAACGAGGUCAUGCCAUCCAAAAAUUCGCGCAUGUUCCAACUUUGAAAGAGUUGCAUGUUUACAAUCAAGUCAAAACCCUGUUUCGCAACAUAGGGUGGCACGGCUUGUUGAGGGUCCAUGAAUUGAGCUAUAAAGUCCCAACUGCUGAGUUUCUAUCCUCAGUUUAUUUAGAUCAUGGGAUCCUCUACUUCCGUCUAAUGAAUCAAGACUAUGAGAUCUCCUUGGAUCAAAUCAAUGCCAUUGUGGGGGCCCCAACGGAAAACACAUUUGGCCCCACUGAUCCAAUCCAAGGAUACUAUGACAUGACUUGGUGGACCCAGCUCACCCAAUUACAUCCAUAUGUCUCUAGCGCUGCUAAAGCCUCAUCACUUAUCCAUCCUGUGAUUAAGGUAGCUCACAGAAUCAUUGCUUCGCUCGUCGCCCCUAGAGAGGAGCGAAGCACCAUUAGCGCGCUGGAACUUAAAAUCCUUUAUGCAAUGACCCAUCCCGAGAAUAACCUCAUUCCUCAUUAUGGUCGGUUUCUGUGCCACAAGCUCAUCCGCCUUAGCGCAUCCCGAUCAGGAAAGAUUGUUUGCGGGGGUAUUGUCAGCAUGCUCGCCAAGAGCGCCCACAUCCGAGCCCCAUACCCGGUCCCCACCAGCCACUGCCGGGUGAGCCUUAUCUCACCACUGCUAUCCUUGAGUCCAUGCGACUCUUCCGCUCGGCAGGCGAUGGUACACACCACUGGACCAGAGGAGGAGCCUCACCAUGCUUCUCCCGCCGGUGGUGGCAGCUCAUCCCGUUUUGCUGCACCCCCGCCUUAUCAUCAACAAUAUAUGGACGAAUUCCAAUCAAUCCAUACCCGCCUCGACACCUAUCAGCAGGAUAUUACCAGCCUGACCCAGAAUUUUUCCACCUUCACCACCCAGUACGCUCGGGAUCAAGAGCGUCAACGCAAACAUGAGGAGGACUUCUGGGCUUGGACCCGAAACCCCAGCUACUAUCCUCCUCCUCCACCUCCGUUUUAG